CUUAUUUUUACUAUCGUUAAAAAUAGCAUGCAAUCAAUGUCAAUUGUAGAUAAAAGACGAGUUGCGAUUGCCUACGACGGUACUGAUGAUGCUAAUAGACUAUUCAAAUGGGCGAUCGAGAACAUCAUAAGACCUGAAUCAGAUCAUAUCGUGUGUCUUACGGUCAAACCACAACGUGAAGCAAAAUAUCGUCAUAAAUCUGAGGAUGGAAAGGAUUCAGAAUAUUUGGAUGCGCAUCAUGAUCCAUCACUGCAAAAAUUGGAGGAACGCAUAACAAAACUAGGCGUAACAAUUGAGCAACACGUCAUGUUUGGUGAUCCUAAAGAGCUAAUUCCUCAGUAUACUGCAAGAGAAAAAAUAGAUCUUCUGAUUGUGGGAUCGCGUGGACUCACUACCUUACAGACCGUAUUUCUGGGCUCUGUGUCCGAACACUGUCUACAUGAAUGCCCUUGUCCUGUUCUUGUAGUACGCAAUACUACUAUCGACGAUCAAUAAGGAUUAAACAAAUAAAAUAAAGUACAUUUGAACUU